AUGAACUCGGCUGCCAUCCACUCGGCCAAACUCAUCGCCGAGUUUGAAAAGGAGCAGCAAGCAUCGCUCCCACCCACCCCACGCUAUCCGUCCGAGUUCCCCUUCGGUGCUCCGGCAGCCGGUCCAUUUGGCGGGGCUAGUGCGGCUACUUCCGGGAGGAGCACCAUGAACAACUUUGCAGACGCCCACGAUGGCGACGCCGCCGACGUCAAGCCUGCCUCGGCUCCGGUCGACGAUGGCGCGUCCACCUACCAGCCACGCAGGCUCACCGACUUCGACUACCCGGGCGGCUGGGGCGCACAGACGUUCAGCGGUGUCGGUGGGUUGACGCAGGACAGCGCCUCGCGCAUCGCCACGCUCCAGGCCAAGCUCAACCAGCGUCUGGGGCCCGAGUACCUCUCGCAACGCCCUGGCCCGGGCGGAGUCAAGAGGCUCACCUACAUCGAGGGCUGGAAGGUCAUCGACCUGGCCAACGAGGUGUUUGGCUUCAACGGCUGGUCCACCACCAUCCGCAAGCUCGAGAUCGACUUUUUGGACUCGCCCGAUGGCACGCGCUGGAGUGCAGGCGUCACCUGCAUCCUGCGUGUCACGCUGCGCGAUGGCGCGUUCCACGAAGACGUCGGAUACGGCAGCGCAGACAAUGCGCGCCAGAAACACGUAGCGAUCGAGAAGUGCAAAAAGGAGGCGGUCACCGAUGCGACCAAACGAGCACUCAAGAACUUUGGCAAGCUCCUGGGCAAUUGCCUCUACGACCAUCAGUACUCGACCCAUGCGCUCAAGGUCACCAACCCACCGCCCAAGUUCGAUCCGGCUGAGCUGCAUCGUCGCCCGGAACUGAGGCCUCCGCCUCCGCCGCAGCCCCAGCCCCAGCCACCACAAACGCACGUGCAGGCCGCCCAGCCGCCGAGAAAGCUUGCGCCUGCUCCGGCACCUGCACCGGCACCAAGUACCAGCACCGAGCGCGCUGCAUCCGCUACCAACGGCGCGGCCGAAACAUGCCCAGCUGCCGCGGCGCCUGCACCUGUGCGGCCUGUCGUGGCUGUCGCAGCGGUGCCGCAGGAGGCCAUGGAGGAGGCGUCGAAAGAUGCGGUGUCGGAGCGUCAACAGCGGUCCAUGCUCGCGCGCCAGGCGUACCUCGAGCGCCAACAGGCGGAAGCACGCAAGCAGGCCACCCGCUCGCCGCCGCGCGCCGAGGUCGCGCCGAGCUCCGACUCGUUCGACGACGGACUGCUGGACGAGCUCGCGUACGACGAAUCGGCAUUGGCAGAUGCCGAAGCCGCAUCGCACGCGCUCGAGAUGCAGAUCGACCAGCCGCGCCGAGUCGACGACUCGACGUAUGGCGCCGAUGAUAGCGGCGUGGCAUUCGCGCCCGAGCAUGGACAGGCGAUCAAGGCGGAAAAGACGCGCGAGGUGGAGAUGCGCAGGUCGACGAGUCCGGUCAAACAGGUCAAGACGGAAGCGCUGCUGCCUCGGCGCGCGGGGAGCGUGGGGCGGUUCGUCUCGCCUCCCCCUGCGCCGGCGCCGGCGGUGGGGAUGAUGCGCAAUGGUGCAACGAGCUUGUCUGCUGCAUCCUCGGCGGGUCGUGUGGCGGCGGCAGGCGGACCAAGAAGGUUCGCAAGUGCAUUGGGUGCGGGCGUGGGGGUGGAGGGCACAGUGUCGCGCGAGGCGGGAAGGGCGAUUGGCGAGCCGGUGAACCACGCCUAUGUGCCGCCCGAGGCGCGGGGCGUCAAGAGACCCGGCGAAGCUUCCGUCGAACGAAGUGCGCCACCUGCACCGCCGUCGCUCAACCUCGCGCGGCCGACGUAA